GAACCUAUUAGGUGCGCGCGUUUUCUGAUGUCGCAGUGGGUUUUCCACGAAGCGGCGGCUAUUAGGGCGCAGCUAGUGCUGCCGAGGCGGUGCCAGACUCCAUGCAUACAAAUGGGCCCAUGCAUAUCAAGGACUAUUACCUAUGAUAGGGUCCCGCUAGGGUAGUACCGAGACACUUCCCAGAGUGAGGCCUUGUGGAUGCUGUGAACCAUGCAGGCUGGGAGUGUUUUCCCUUGGCUGCAGACUCUGCUCAAGCUGCUAGAAAAGAUGCAGCCAGCGCGCGGCCAAGAAAGUCUGCGUCUGUGCAUGACGCACAGAAUCACACUCGCUAGCCUACCGACGAAGCUUGAUGCCUGGUACAUGGGGGACGGUGUUCACGGCCGGGAUCGCAAGAGGCGCUCAGAUUUGCCUGCUUGGUUCCAGGAUUCUUCACGGGGUUCUGUCGGCUCAGGCAGGCCUGAUUGCCAACACAGCCGCUAAGCUGAGGCCCGCAGCAUUGCUCACAGGACCACAGCAUUGCCCAUAUUGAUCCUGGCGGCAUUGUGGAUCAGGGGAUUGUGGUCUGGGGCACUGCAGUGAGUGCUGGAUAGAGCAGUCCGCAAUCGGGAAGCGUUCGCAUGGAAGCCAUUGGGUGUGCCCCCAUGGGGGCCGCGGUGCAGCCCAGCAAGCGGCGCAGCAAGGCCGUGCGGCGGCUGAGGCGGGCGCUGGAGGAGUGGACCAACGACACGGACAGGGUGCGCAAGAAUACGGUGGACCUGUCGAGCGCGGUGCAGAAGGCGGCGCGCCUGGAGGCGGCCAUCGUGCCGGAGGGCGACCAGGCAGCGGCGGAGAAGCAGGAGCAGGUGGCGGCGCUGCUGGCGGCCGCGGAGGCCAUCAUUGCGGACCAGGAGCUGCGCGAGUUCAUGACCGAGCGCAACCGGGCCGCGCUGGACGCUUCGUUGCUGCUGUUUGGGAACAAGGGCGUCAUCAAGGUCCCCCCCGGCAGUGCUGCGGCCGCCGUGGAGGGCGCCCCGCUGGCGGUGGGUGACGCGUGGCGGCCGCGGUGGCCCGGGGACCAGGGCGACGCGUUUGAGCCGUACCAGCAGCUCAUCGAGCAGUACCUGCACUCCACCGUUGCGUACCACGCCAGGGCGCUGGAGCAGCUGAGCACGGCGUUUGCGGCGCUGCGCACGGCCAGCCAGGGAGCCCGCGACGGGGCGUACCUGCGCUCGCUGGCAGCGGCCGCGGGCGUGAGCGUGAAGGAGUACAAGCGCUUCCUGGACAUGUUCCACAAGAUCGACACCGCGCGCAGCGGGGCCAUCAGCAAGAAGGACCUCAUGGCCGCCAUGAAGAAGGACAAGGACAUUGCGGCUUUCAUGCAACUGUCUCGGCAAAAGGGCAAGGACGGCAAGCGGGAAAGCUUCGAGGCGGUCUUCAACAGGAUCGACGCCGAUGGUGCCGGUAAAAUCACGUGGGAGGCCUUCCUCAAAUUUUUCUCCGACCAAAGGUCGUUGGCAGCUGAUUAACCGUAACGCAACAACAUGUAGGCCUGUCCGGUCACGAGAACUAAUAUUUGGGGUUCGUGGAUGGACUAUUGUACAUGGUGGAUACUUCGUGGUGAUUUUGACAAAUCAACGAAAUCUUUUUUCUUUUAGGCCAUACUGAGCGGCUUACACAAGUGAACAAAUGGUUGUAAAACAAGAGUAGAGAAGCAACAUCAGCUUGAUUGCUUGCAUUGAAUGUUGCGUCACCCGAUUGAUUGGCCG